GGCAUCAUCUACAGCCAAGACACUAGGUACCAUCGCAUAUGCUCUGAUCCUAAUGACCGUAAUUCCCAUCUAAAUGUACUCUCCCAAUCUAUGAGACAGAAAGGCUACAAACCAAAGACUAUUACCAAACAAAUCAACUCUGCUGUAAAAACGCCACGUACGCGCCUGCUACAAUACAGAGAGAAAAAAAUAUGCACACGAGUGCCACUUGUGGUCACCUACAACCCUGCUCUUGAGGAAAUACGGAAAAUCAUCAAAGACCUACAACCAAUAUUAACAGAAGAUGAGACUCUGAAAAACAUUUUCCCUGAAACACCCAUUUUGGCCUUCAGACAACCACCAAACCUCCAACAAAAAUUAAUCAACAGGAGGCUGCCCACUGAUG